UCCUCCUCCUCCUCCUCCGCUCCAGCCGACGGCGACACAUCUCCUCUAUUACCUCAAGCGUUUACUAUUAGAUAAAGUUAUAUUUAUCGCUGUUGUACAGCUACAACGUAUUACCGCUCGGUUAAAGAAAAGGCUCUGAAAUCACUAAAAACACGGAAACCAGACUCCACGAUGAUGAUUGAAGUAGUUUUGUUUGGAUGCUUCCUGACGUGCGUUUGUGGUAAUGGGGUUGCAGAUGUGGUCCUUUCCUGCACCCUGGUGGAGGAGGGAGCCGGACUGGGUGGAAUGGGUGGAAUGGGUGGUGGCGCCCUUUUCACACGGACUCCAGCCACUCUUGUCUUAAGAGACAUCCCAGUGUCUCCUGACGAAUCGCUGGAAACGCUCACUCCGUUUGUCCCGCCUUCAGUCCCUGAUCCAGAUGCCAUCCUGUUAGAAGCCAAAGUCUCAUCACCUGAAAUCCCCAAAGCAGAUGUGCUGCUCCAUGCGGACUGUAAUGAGCAGGAAGUGAUGUGUGAAAUCAGCAGUUACACCCCCCGUGGAGCCCAGGAACAUUCGGAGCCAGCCUACUUCAUGGUCUCCCUUAAUGUGGAGGGAAUUGAGUUUAGCACCGCGUUGAUCCUGCAGACUCUGACGGUGAAGAAGGACCAGUCAACCCUCAUACAAAACAAACUGGGUCUGCCUCUUAGCCAGUCCGGAACUCUUCUGACUGAGGUGAUAUUCCUGGUGUUUUCCCACAUUACGUCCGUAACUGCCCCUCUGAGGGGUGAUGUUCUCCUCAACUGUGGAUUCAGGCAGCAGGAGAGACCCUUAGCACAGGAGGUGGGCAUUGAGUGGCGAGUGCAGCACAGGGGGAAAGGGCGGAAAGUGCUUGAAAUGAAGACAAGGCUGGAUGGUGCAGAAGAGAGCACAGAGGUGAAUGCAGAAAGGAAGGGCUCAAGCAUGGAUGUCGCCAAGGUUGUCGGCGAGGGCGACGUCUCUGUGAGUCUGGCCAAGCUGAAGGUUUUGGAUGAGGGGACCUACAUCUGCACUGUCAGUACAGGCCUUUUCCAAGCUCAGCAGAUCAUUCAACUCAACAUUAUUCAGCCACCCCAAGUUUCACUCUCAGAGGAGAAACUGGUUUUGAAGACACCCCAGACACUGAGCUGCCACUGCGCUCAAUACUAUCCACUGGAUGCUCAGAUGGAGUGGUCCUACCACUCUCCCACAGACGCAGAGCCUACAGUGUUUCCAGAUCAGGGCUCUCUGUCCAGCCAUCGACAGCAUGGCGAUGGGACCUAUUCCCUGUCAUCUCACCUCACUGUGCCCUCCAGCAUCUCCCCUGGAACCACGAUCACCUGCAGGGUGUCCCACCCGGCCAUGAGCGCUCCUCUCUCAGUCAGUCUGGUGGUAGAAACCCCACAGCCAGAUUCCUAUUGGUUGGUGCUGGGUUUCCUGGUCGUCACUGUGAUUUUCUUCUACCAGGUCAUGAGAUAAGUUAGCAGAUAUUAUAGUAGAUAAUCCUGAUUUGAAACUGAGCCCAGAAAAACUUUUUUGUGUCAUUUGUGAGCCUGUAAGAAAUUACUGAUUUCAUCAGACGCUCUCACUGCUUCUGUUAACUCUUCCUUGCCUUGCCUUGCCCUGCCUUCUACUGUAGCGAAGAACAUUAAUUUUUGUGGAAAAAUUACUGUAUUUAAAUAUUUUGCUGUAUAUUUAUUUGCUUUUUAAAUUUGUUAUUAAGUAUUGACGGUAGCAGUUUUUAUAAAGAUGAAGUAAGCUAAUUUGGAGGCUGCAUAUCUGUAACCUGCAACAUAUUAAAUUCUAAGCAUUUGGCAUAAAACCCACUGUUUAAAUAACCAAACUCUGCUUUUUAAAACCCUUUUCACACACAAAUGACCCACUGCAGUUUCAUUAUUCCUGUAACACUGACUUAUUGAAAUAGUGUUGUGGGAAACAUAACUUGCUUUCUUCCAUCACAGUAUUCAGUUUGUUAGCUGUCACGUCAUCAGAGGACUAAAGUUUCUGUUUUACUCUCCAGAGUUUGCAGGUAGCAAAGAUCAGGUUGAAUCACAUACGUGUAGGCAGCAGGCACUCUCAGCUUCUCCAGUGUCAGUUUACAAACGCCUGCUUCUGCUUUAAUGUGUAAACAUGUUUUACGGUGUAAAAUAAAAUUUCCAAAGACCUCAUAUAUGGCAGGCUAAAUUUUGGGAAAUUGUAUAAAAUUUGCACAAUACAUCCAGAAUUCUUCCAUUUGGUGGAGUGAUGCAGCUAUAAAAAAAGUUUUGGGUUUGAAUGACUCAUAGUAAACUUCAUGCCGCUUUAGUGCAAAGUUGCAACAAACCAAUGUAGGUCAUGGAUGAGGGAAAUCUGGAUGAUAGUUUCUUUUGUAGAAAGGCUUUUUCUUGCACUCGUUUCAUUGGUACUGAUUUGAAUGUAGCCCGUGUUUUUAUGUUUUUGGGUUGAUGUUGUUUACUCUCGUUGUAAUUUACGUUUUAACAAUGAAAGAUUUUGUGACUCUG